GUCCUCCCAGACCUCCCCUCCGCUCAAGCCAAUGGGCUCACCCACAUCCGGGAAUCAGUGAGAAAGGCGCGCGGGUCACGUGACGCCGACAGGGGGCCCUGUGGCAGCGGGUGCAGCGCUGGGUCCGGCGCGGAUCUGACAAGAUCAAAGCUGCAGGAGAAUGGACAGUGAGGUACAAAGAGAUGGAAGGAUCUUGGAUUUGAUUGACGAUGCUUGGCGAGAAGACAAGCUGCCCUAUGAGGAUGUUGCAAUACCACUGAAUGAGCUUCCUGAACCUGAACAGGACAAUGGUGGCACCACAGAAUCGGUGAAAGAACAAGAAAUGAAGUGGACCGACUUGGCCUUACAGUAUCUCCAUGAGAAUGUUCCCCCUAUAGGAAACUAACACCUGGUUCCUUUUUCGUGGACAGAUUUUUGAAAAAUACAUAGAUACAAAAAGUG